AUGGACGGGGUCGACAUCACCAAGGCCGUCCUGAAUAAAGGGAAGCAAAUGGCUAGCGUCGCUGCUUCUGCUGCCAAUGGCAACGGCGGUAAGAAGAGAAGAAAAGGGACCGACUUGAAGCCGAUCGUCACCAACGACGCCGCUUCUCCCGCCGUCGAACAAUCGGCCACUACUGAGGGGGUUCCCACAUACGGCGUUCCGCCGUCGCGUUCUCCCUCCACGUCCUCCGUCGAGGAAGUCGAAACGACCGCCGAGGAGGAAGAUUCGGAAGACUACUGCAAGGGUGGCUACCACCCUGUCAGCGUCGGCGAAACGUACAAUAACGGUCGCUAUGUCGUCGUGCGCAAACUGGGGUGGGGUCACUUCUCGACCGUCUGGUUAUCCCGCGAUACCACCAAUGGCAAACACGUCGCCCUCAAAGUCGUUCGCUCCGCCGCCCACUACACCGAAACCGCCAUCGACGAAAUCAAACUGUUGAACCGCAUCGUUCAGGCCAAGCCCGCCCACCCCGGUCGCAAGCACGUCGUCAGCCUGCUCGACUCGUUCGAACACAAGGGUCCGAAUGGCGUUCACGUCUGCAUGGUCUUUGAGGUCCUGGGCGAGAAUCUGCUGGGCUUGAUCAAGCGAUGGAACCAUCGCGGCAUCCCCAUGGAAUUGGUGAAGCAGAUUACGAAACAGGUGCUUCUGGGAUUGGACUAUAUGCAUCGGGAAUGUGGCAUCAUCCAUACGGACUUGAAGCCGGAGAACGUCCUGAUCGAGAUCGGUGACGUGGAGCAGAUCGUGAAGGCUUACGUGAAGGAGGAAUCCAAGAAAGACCACAAGGAAGACAAUCGCAACGGGCGACGACGACGCAGGACCUUGAUCACGGGGAGUCAACCGCUACCGAGUCCGCUCAACACCAGCUUCGACUUCAAGCACACCUCGCAAAAUUCCCACAGCAGUCUCAGUCAGAUGAUUAGCGGAUCGCCAGGUCCUUCUGCCAACGAAGGCACGUCGAUGAAAGAUUUGCUGGGUAUUAAGGAUGAGGAUGAGAAGCAGAAACAAAGAGAGAAGACAACGGAUCUCUUGGAGCGCGAGGUAUCAGGAAUCUCGCUAGACAAGACAUCCUCGAAAACGUCGAACGAUGAUCCCGAAUGCGACAUCAUCUCCGUGAAGAUUGCCGAUCUGGGCAAUGCCUGCUGGGUGGGACAUCACUUCACCAAUGAUAUCCAAACACGACAAUACCGAUCGCCGGAAGUCAUUUUGGGUUCCAAAUGGGGGGCGAGUACCGACGUAUGGAGUAUGGCUUGCAUGGUUUUUGAACUCAUCACCGGCGACUACCUAUUUGAUCCCCAAUCCGGCACGAAAUACGGCAAAGACGACGAUCAUAUCGCGCAGAUCAUUGAGCUCCUGGGUCCCUUCCCCAAGUCGCUGUGCCUGUCAGGGAAAUGGUCGCAAGAAAUCUUUAACCGCAAAGGCGAAUUGCGGAACAUCCACCGACUACGCCAUUGGGCGCUGCCCGACGUACUUCGCGAGAAGUACCACUUCUCGGUGGAACAGAGUAUGCAGAUCAGCGAGUUCCUGCUGCCCAUGCUGGAAGUGUCUCCGGAGCGACGAGCCAAUGCCGGUGGCAUGUCAUCCCACGUGUGGACGAAAGAAACCCUCGGGAUGGAUGGAAUCGACCUGGGGAUAACCCCCGGCAGCAAAGGCGAAGGUAUCGAGGGAUGGGCGACGGAGGUCAAGAGAAGAUGA